AUUAUUGUUAUAUAUGUUAUAUAAUUAUAUAUGUUAUAUAAUUUAUUAGAAGUGUCUGGUUUGGACCUGUACUGAAUGUCUGGUAGUGUGUGUCGAGCUGAUGUGAUUACUGAGGGGUUUUUAAACACUGCGUACACUUACUGGCCACUUUAUUAAACACACUAACCUUAUAAGUCCACAUUGUAAUUUAACAGUAAAAGACUAUAGCUAAAUUGUUUUACAUGAACAAUUUGUGUUCUUCGUUCUCUUGCCCCUUCAUCAGUGUCCAUUUCCAAUCAGAGAAUGUGGUUGGAUGGAUAUUUUUGAUUGGAUUGGUGUGUUGAGAAAAAUACCUGCUCAGUGGUGGUCUUAUGGUGGUCCUGUUUCACUAACAGACAAUGUAGAAGAGGGCUGAGAUGUUGAAUUGUGCAUAACAGCAGACGAAAAGGUGUCAUCAAAUGUACACCUACUAAGUCCACUUGUAUUGAGAUGUUUAAUAAGUGUAGCUACAAGGUACAACUCUGUAUACAAAACAAAAAAUAAUGGAUCACAUCAAGGGGUUUUACUUUCAUUACUUUUUUGUAGGCUAAUAUUCUGGGGUGCGCUCAUAUGGAAUGAAAAUAAGCUCUGCAACCACAGUUCCCACACAUGACACAUCUAAUAGGUCUAUUCCUCCUAUGCAAUUCAUGCAAUGAAUCAUCUCUAGCACAUCAUGUCUAGCAGUUGUUCAUAUACGUAGUCAUUGUAGCAUGGUAAGUAUUUUCAAAUCUCUUGAGUAUUAGGACUUACAGUGUAACUAAUAUAAUGUCAAUACAGUAAUGUCAUUUGCUUCUAGAAACAACAAAUCAGACAGUCUCCAUUGAUAUCCCAUGUCUGUAAACCUGCACAGGCCACUGUUUAUGUUUAAAUAAUGAUUUAAAAUAUAAACUAAAAUAUUUUACAUUUCGGUUUGAUUGGAAAUUAUUGAGGGGGCACUGUGGUUUAGAGGUUAGCACUGUUGCCUCGCCUCCCACCUCUGCCCUGGGUGCAUGGAGUUUGCAUAUUCCCAUGCUUUGGGGGUUUCCUCUGAGUACUCCGGUUUCCUCCUCCAGUCCAAAGACAUGCACUGUAGGCUGAUUGGCAUCUCUAAGAUGUCCAUGGUGUGUGUGUGUGAGUGUGUGCGAAUGUGCCCUGUGAUGAGUUGGCACGCCAUCCAGGGUGUCCCCUGCCUUGUGCCCCCGAGUCCCCUGGGAUAGGCUCCAGUACUCCCCAUAACCCUGUGUAGGAUAAGUGGUGCAGAAAAUGGAUGGGAUGGAUGGAUGGAAAUUCUUGAAAUUAAUGCAUGUUCUAAUUCAUGAAUUACUGAAUGUAUAAAACCAGUAUUGUAAUAAUAAGCGCACGAGAGCGGCACCGUGUGGGCGGAGCUUUAACUGCGCUCGUGACGCUCAGUGCGGCUCCGCGAGAGCGACAGCACUGUUCGAUUCCAGAAGUGUUGGAAUCGACUCCGAUUCCCACUGCAGGUGCUGAGAAUCAAAGGAGUCGCUUCAAAGAGUCGAUUCUCAAUUCCAGAAGCUAAAGCAGAAGACAGGAAACACCUUAAUUAUACUAAAAGUACCUAAUACACUAUUAUGCUUAAGGAAUUUUGUCUAAAUUCACUAAAUUCAUAUGCUAAAUUCAUUUGAACAUUAAUGAAGAUUUAAUCAGCAAUAUGAUUUGGACUAACACAUGCUAAAUUACUUUAGCUUCUUGGAGGGUUGCCUUAAGUAGCCUGGCUUUUAUUCUUUAAUUAACGGUUUAGUUAACUGGCGAUGUUGUUUAAUUAAAGUUUGUUUUUUGUUUUAUAAUUGUACAUUUUACAUCAUUGUCCAAAAGUAAAAUGCUGUUUAAACUGCUGUGGUUCGUGCUGUGGAGAUGAGAAUCUCGUCCUCUCACUUUACAGGCGUCUCAGAGGGUUUAAACUCCCCUCAAAUAGUUUAUAACGGCUCCAAAUGCUUCAUUCGUGAUGGUUAACGUAACACACAUACCGCGCAGCUGAUUAUAUAACUGUCAAAUAUCAUCGUUUGCGCAGUAAUUGCGCUGUACUGAUGUUCAUAAAACGUAAACGAAGCCGUUACGAUUCCAUAUUCCAUAACAUCAGACAAAUCAGGUUGUUUAAUCACAUUUUAUUGGCUACCAGUUGCUAUGGUGAGAAGUAGGAUUAACCAAUCGGAAUCAAGCAUUUUCCCUGUUUAUGUUUGAAAGCUACACGUCUGAUAGCUCUCCUUUAAACAUAGAGCAAUCAAACUGAUGGACUGUGAAGUACUUAAAGUUUAUUGAAAGAGGAGAAAAGGAAGGGUAGAGCCAAUGUUUAUAAAAUAAAAUGUCAAUUUUUUUUAUUUUAUAUGCUGUCGUUUUAUUUCAUAUUAUCACUAGCAUGUUAUUUGAAUUAUCUGCAGUGGAACUGUAAUAAAGGUGUUUUAUGGCAGUGUUAUUAACAUGGCAAGAUGGCGGGAGGUCGUGCCUUAAAUGAUUAAAUAACACAUUCGUGCCUUCACCGCUCCUUUUACUGUCUGGUAUCCACCUAAAAUGCGGUAAUAUUAUGUAGUAUAUUUCUUCAUCAACCUACAGUUCAUAAAAAAUAAAAAAUAAAUACACUAUUUCACUGUGUGGAGUCGACUCUCGAUUUCUCAGUGGCUGUCAUCGAAGAAUCGACUCUUUUUUGGAAUCGACUCUCUUUGGAAUCGACUCCCAGGCAGAAGCAGAGCGCUGAGCGAUGUGGCAGCUGAGGACAGAAAGAAUGCGCUGAAACCGCAGAGUCAGUGGACAUGAAGCAGUGUCUCCAUGAUGAGUCAAACUGAGCAGAUGGAGAUGGCAGGGCCGAGCAGCAGCAGCAGCAGCAUGCGGGUGGUCAAGAGGAAGUUCUGGGGAGGCCUGCGGCAGCGCUGGAAGCUCCUGGGUGUGUUUGAAAUCGACCAGCAGCAUGAGUUCUACUCACUCACCUGCAUGAUGAAGGAAGGCCUGGCUGGUGCUGUGCAGAACACCAUCGACAACCCAAUACCUAACGAACUCUCUGAAGAUGAUUACCGACUUGAGGUGACACAAAUCCAUAAGGACUUUAGGAUGGAGACGUUUGCAGGGCCGGUGUUUGCCAGCCUGCGGCGCUCUCUGGGGAUGACAGAGAAAGAGUAUCAGCAUUCUCUCUCCUCUGAAGGCUGCUACCUGCAAUUCAUCAGCAAUUCAAAGAGCAAAGCAGAUUUCUUCCUAACGAAUGAUAAACGGUUCUUCCUGAAGACACAGAACAGAAGGGAGAUUCGAUUCCUCCUAUCUCAUCUAAAGCAUUACAUGGAGCAUCUGGAGAAGUACCCCCAUUCUCUCCUGGUUAAGUUUUUAGGUGUUCACAGCAUCAAGAUCGCCCAUCGGAGGAAGUACUUUAUAGUGAUGCAAAGUGUCUUCUAUCCUGAUGAAAGAAUAUGUGCCAGAUAUGAUAUAAAGGGCUGUGAAGUGAGCCGGUGGACGGACCCAGCACCUGAGGGGAGUCAGGUCAUCGUUGUUCUCAAGGAUCUCAAUUUUGAGGGAAAACAUAUCACAUUAGACCAACAGCGGCCCUGGCUGUUACGUCAGGUGCAAAUCGACACAUCCUUCCUGCGAACACUGAAUGUACUGGACUACAGCCUCCUGCUGGCUCAUCAGCCCCUGCACCAGGACGAGCGUCACCCCAGCCUGUCCUUCGCCACCCUCAUCAUGCGCACCAAGAAAUCCCUCACUUUGCCCUCCACAAGGCCAGUGGCAGGCAGGUCAGUGAACACAUGCUCCCGUGCUGCUGUCCCAGGAGUGGUGCCUGAGGAAGACUCAACCAUCCAAGCCACAGAACUGGAUUCAGGGACGUCACAGUGGCAGAUCACAGAGACGUCUCAGGCAGAAUUUGGAGAACAGAGCGACGGGGCCUCUAAGGUUGGAUCAGAAUCGGCUGAACUGCUGGAGUUUCAGGCCCAGAAUCGGCGGCUGCUGCCUAACUUCAAAAACCCGAUUCACGUAAUAGACGGGCCAGAGCAGCGCUAUUUCAUCGGCAUCAUUGACAUCUUCACUGUUUAUGGCUUCAAGAAGAGACUUGAGCACCUGUGGAAGAGGCUGAGACAUCCUGGACAAAGUUUCUCUACUGUCAGCCCUCCUGCCUACUGUCUGAGACUGUGCCAGUGGGUACAGGACCAUACCAAGUAGCCUACGACUGGGGGGGGAUCAGUAAUGACUGGAAAAUGAGCAAAUGUGCUGAAAAACAUGCUGGAGAUACACACAGAUGGUCAUACUUAAGCCAAAAGAAUGAAUUUUGCUCUGGCAAAUAAGAGCACCUAUGUGUGUUGGCUAGCAUGUAGCCACAAUGCUAACAUAAGCCCUUACUACUAAGAGUUUUGGUUUAAAUAUAACAGGACUACAAGCACUACAAUCCUGUCACAAAGAAACCUGAGUAAUUCUGUCAGUUCUAUGAUUAUAAUGAAGUUGAAGUUGAUACAAAGUUGUAACUUAAUUCUUGAAAAGGUUUUAUUAUAAAAUUCUUUUAAAAAAGUUUUUUUUUUUUAAAUUUUAAGUCCUAAAAGUAUAAUAUAGAGUCAUAGAUCAUACAGAAAUGUUAAGUAACAAAAUUGAUCUGUGAAAGUAUACCUUACUGUGCUAACAUUGUGGCUAUAUCUGGACAUCAGUGAAUCGGUCAGUGUAAGAAGUGUAGUGAUGAAUGUUGGCGGGUUUUUCUUCUCUUCUGAAAUGUCAAACAGCUACAAAACUCCAAAGAGACGACGCAUCCAGCUGCAGCAUCCAUUUUCCAAAGCCAUGCAAAAGAGAAAACUUUAAAACUAUACAGAAAUAGACCUGAUACGCAGUAAAAGAAUAAGCAUUUUCAGCUCUGUUUCAGUUCUUUCUCAUUUUUAUGAUAACAGCUUAUAUGCAAAAUACAAUAGAACUGAAACCAUCUUUGCUUUUAUUAUGCAUUUUGCGUAUAUGACUUGAAAUGAACAGUAAAUCCUGUGAUAUGAAUGUUUACCAAAAUUAUAUUUGAGUCAACUCAGCUGCGUAAGAUCACAGAAUGUUAUGUAACACAGUUCUGAUAUUAUUGAAAUCAUAUCAAGGUUCAACUCAAAACUUUGCAAGAAGAAAAAAGAUUAUAAACAUGAUGACGCUAACACAGUGCUAGCACUGUUAUUUCAGGUAUGUAUUAAAAUUGUGUAAUCGUGUUUGUGCGUGCAUGUGUGCAUAUUUGUGUGUAUGAGAUCACAAUUUCACAUUUCAUAGCUUAUAUAUAUAUAUGAAUAUUAUCUAUACAGUUGAGAAGUUCUGUAAUUUAAAUAAAAAAAAGCUUUUAACAACAAA